AUGCCCUUUAGCAACAAAAAGUCGGAAUCCCCGGGACCAGCUCUUCCUGACCCCAACGUGCUACUGCCCGUGACCAGAGCAGCGGAGAAAGACACCAACCGUGGAAAACCAGCGGUGGCAAGAGUAAAGACCGAAAGGGCCCUGAUGGCGCGGCAUGUUGUUCUUGCGAUGACUGCCCAGAAGCUACGACGUCCUUUCUACCAGCUAUCCAUGAACAAGACAGUCCGUGAGCUGUCUGCAGGAAAAUCCACACUCCAGAAUGAACUGACGGGGGAUUUGAUGACUGAGUUUGGGAAGAUCCCGGAGGGCGUCGAAGAUAUCCCUUUGGCUGUGUUGGCAGAUAAGCUCCAGGGGACUUUUGGCGGGCGAGCAGGCGCCCUGAUGAAUUCCCUGGUAUCUCGCCUGAUAUCUAGCAAGAUGCCCGCGGGAUUUAACCAGAUUGCGAUUGAGCGGUACCUGCAGGGUCGCUGGGGUCUUACAAAGUCCCAUUCGGUGAUCCCCCUUUGCCUGGCGAUCACGCUGGAGCCAGCUUCUCGAAUCCCCGAUCUCGACUCUGCUCAGCGAUUCUGGGACGAUACGGUGUCCCGAUACCUAGAGUUUGACGGAAUCUCCCUCGAGGCGGCAUCCGACUCCCGUGGCGCUCAAGAUACACCUGCCUCCGUUACCGUGGAUGCUGCUUCCCUAGAAGUAUUGAACAAAGAACAAAAGAGGUUGUAUCGUCAGAUACGCGACUUGCUUUCCUCUCAUCUUCAAGAUUCUGAACAGUCAUCAACAGAAGGGGAAAAAUGCACAGAAGAUGCUCUUCAUACUCAGCACGUAUCAGACAUACUUCUUACUGAAUUCGAUGACCAGUUCGUGCGUUCCAUACGGUCUAUUUUCAACACUGCCCAAGCCCGUCAUUACGACUCAUGGUGGAAUUGGGAACGGGAGACCCUCGUUUGCUGGGUGGAGGAACUGCUCCAGGGCAUGUCAGAUGGGACGCCUGUGCGUAUGGAUGGCCGUCUACGCAUGGUUCUCAAUCGGUGGAAUAGCACCUGCACAGACAUUAUUACCGCAGCCCUGGACCGACAAAUUUGCAAUUCAUCCGCAAUGUUAGAAACGGACAUUUGCGCCGCCCUGAAUUCAAUCCUGGAGCUCGGCUCUUUUGCAUUGCAGAGCGAUCCGGUCUACGUUUACUCCCACGCCCCGUUACAACCAACAGUCAAUGUGUCCAGUUCUGGGGAAUUUGAAUACCUCGAAAGCCCGCGAGAAGCCCAUACUUAUGCAGAGGUUGUGCGACAGAUACGUAAGACUUCCACAAGAAGGGACGCGGCGCCUUUUACCCAUAUCAGGACACGACCGAUGGGUGGGGACUGGGAAUACGACCCGAGAGCGACAGUGUUGCUUCACUCCAUACUGGACACCGGCAUCUCGAAAGGGCUCAGCUUCGCAGGGAAAACGGCUCUGGUAACCGGUGCUGGCCCUGAUUCAAUAGGUGCGCAGGUCGUGGAAGGCCUGCUUACUGGCGGUGCGCGUGUGAUUGUUACGACGAGCCGCCCGAUUUCAGAAAGCUCUGCUUUCUUCCAGCAGAUCUACCGUGCCCAUGGAGCAAAAGGGUCGUCUCUGACCGUCCUACCCAUGAAUCAAGCUAGCAAACGAGACUGUCAAGCUUUGGUCGAGUACAUAUACACCAAUCCGUCAGUGACUGGUGGUGACUUGGAUUACAUCCUACCAUUUGCGGCUAUCCCACAGACAGGUGAGCUGGAAAGCCUUAACGGCCGCCACGAAGUCGCGCUUAGAGCUAUGCUGGUCAAUAUUUUGCGACUUGUCGGAUGCGUCCGGCGCGAAAAGGAAAAACGGCGCAUUGACACAAGGCCAACCAUGUUUGUGCUCCCCAUGUCGUGUAAUGAGGGCACAUUUGGUGGAGAUGGACUGUACGCCGAGUCAAAAAUCGCUUUGAAGACACUGUUCAACAGAUUUUUCUCUGAAAGCUGGUCCACGUACAUCGUUGUCUGUGGUGCGGUGAUCGGCUGGACUAGAGGAACAGGUUUAAUGCGGUCGACGAAUAUGAUCGCGGAGGAAAUGGAAAAGCUGGGCCUACUUACCUUCACACAACAGGAGAUGGCGUUUAACAUUCUUGCCCUCAUGACACCUGCAAUCAUGGAGCUUGCCGAAACAACACCAGUGUACGCGGACCUCACUGGCGGGUUUGAUCACCUGUGGAGAAUAAAGGAUGAGAUAACAAAGGCACGAAAAAGGGUCGCCGACAGACUCCAACUACACAAAGUGCUGGCUGAAGAGGAAGCUCGUCAUCAUCAAGUACUCUUUGGCGAGAAGAAGGGACAGCAGGAACAAGAUCAAGUCAAGCAAUGUCGUGCGAGGAUGUCCCUCAAUAUUCCAUCUCUCCCCAGACAAAGUGACCUCGUAUCAGGGCUUGCGAAUAUCGAGGGAAUGAUCGAUCUAUCAACUACAGUUGUAGUAGUUGGCUUCUCCGAACUUGGUCCCUGGGGUAACGCUCGAACCCGAUGGGAUAUGGAAUACCGAGGAGAUUUCACCCUCGAGGGGUAUAUCGAGAUGGCCUGGAUGAUGGGACUGAUCAAGCAUGUCGAUGGGGCUUUUAACGGAGAGCCCUAUGUAGGAUGGACGGACACAGAAACUCAAACACCCAUUCGUGACGACGAGAUCCCUAACAAAUACCGUGACCGUAUCAUGGCCAAUGCCGGUGUUAGGAUUAUCCCGCCCGAGGGACUUGAUGGUUAUCAUCCCUCCAGGAAGGAAUUCCUCCAGGAAGUGGCCGUGGAGGAGGAUUUACCACCUUUUGAAAGCUCCAAGUCGAAUGCCGAGGCAUUCAAACUGAGGCACGGUCACAAUGUCACCAUCGAGCAAAUUCCUGGUUCGGACAACUACCGUGUAUAUCUCCGGAAGGGCGCCAUUUUGAUGAUCCCCAAGACGAUACCGUUCUCCCAGAUCGCAGCUGGGACAAUCCCCACUGGAUGGGACCCAUUGCGAUAUGGCAUCCCAGAGGAAAUCGUCCAGCAGGUGGAUGUGACUACUUUGUAUGCUCUCUGCUGCGUAUCGGAGGCAUUCUUGUCAGCGGGGAUCAAGGAUCCAUACGAGAUCUACGAGCAUAUCCACGUGUCGGAGCUCGCAAAUUGCUUAGGCACAGGUGGUGGCCCGAUAAAAGUCAUCCAGAGUAUGUACCGGGAUCGAUAUCUCGAUAGGCAGGUGAGGGGAGACAUUAUCCUCGAGCACUUUCUCAAUACCAUGGGCGCGUGGGUGAACAUGCUGCUGCUAUCAGGCUCGGGGCCACUGAAAACUCCUGUCGGUGCAUGUGCCACGGCACUGGAGUCACUGGACAUUGGAUGCGAAGCCAUCCAGACGCGCAAAUGUCAGGUCGCUGUUGUCGGCGGGUGUGAUGAUUAUAGGGAAGAACUGGCCUAUGAGUUUGCCAAUAUCAAGGCGACUGCAAACUCCAGCGAGGAACUCGCCACGGGUCGCCUGCCCAAGGAGAUCUCUCGACCAACUGCGGCUUCACGAAGUGGCUUUGCUGAAUCUUCUGGUUGUGGAGUGCAGAUUCUGAUGAGUGCGGAAUUGGCGUUGAAGAUGGGCGUUCCUAUAUACGGUGUUGUUGCAUACAGUCAGAUGGCGAGUGACCAAAUCGGCCGAUCUAUCCCUGCCCCAGGAAAGGGAAUUCUGACAGCAGCACGGGAGAGCCAGGAAGGAAAGGAUUCCCCGCUAUUGGAUCUGGAUUUCAGGCGCAGAUGCUUCGAUCAGGAAAUGGCCCACAUAAGAGAACAAUGUGUCCAGGAGGGAACUCAUGAUACACAGUUCUUGGGUCCUUUCACGCACGACCAAGUGCAAACACUACGUGUCAGAGAGACUCAGCAGCGGUGGGCUAAUAAUAUCCGCUCACUGCUCCCCGGUAUCGCGCCUAUGAAGGCAGCUCUGGCCACAUGGGGACUAUCCAUUGACGAUAUCGGGGUGGUUUCUAUGCAUGGUACAUCAACCAAGGCCAAUGAGGUGAACGAAGGCGAUGUCAUCAACACCCAGAUGGAACAUCUUGGGCGACGCCAGGGCAAUCCACUGCUCUGUGUAUGCCAGAAGUCGCUAACUGGUCACCCCAAGGCGGCGGCUGGUGCAUGGCAACUGAAUGGGUGCAUGCAGAUGCUACAAGAAGGCAUUGUACCCGGUAAUCGGAAUGCGGAUAACAUUGAUGGAGAACUUCGACGAUAUGAACAUCUGGUGUAUCCGAUGGAGUCGAUUCGGAUACGGAGACUGAAGGCAGCGAUGGUGACGUCCUUUGGUUUCGGGCAAAAGGGCGCAGUCUGUAUUGUGGUGGCACCUCGCUAUCUCUUUGCCGCUAUUGCUUCCGGCCAGUAUGAAGAUUAUCGUACUAGGGCGAGGAGUAGACAACGUACCAUCAACGCUACGUUUGCUUCUCGCAUCCUCAAAGGUUCGAUGGUCCAGGUGAAGGAUCAAUCGCCGUGGAAAGAUCCGGCUGCGAUGAAAAGGGUUCUGCUUGAUCCUGACAGUCGUGUUCUCUCCAAGGGCACUUCGAUCACCACGGGGACAUCAGUCAAGUCCCUGUCGAGUGCACCUGUGGAGAUCAAGUCUACAACCCCAGUGAAGCAACCCGAGAGCAUUGGCGCGAGCAAGCUGUCCAACACAGUUCAGGUGAUGAUUGAAGCGGCUUCGCAGAAAACAGCGGGUGCCUCUUCCACGAGCGUUGGUGUCGAUGUGGAGGAGAUUGCCAGCGUCAAUAUCAACAAUAAGGUUUUCCUUGAGCGCAACUUCACCCGCGCCGAGAGGGACUAUUGUCAGAAUGCUGCCAACCCCCACGCUUCCUACGCUGGACGUUGGUGUGCCAAGGAAGCGGUCUUCAAAAGUCUCCAGACAGCAUCUGCAGGAGCAGGGGCAGCCAUGCACGAUAUCGAGAUUGUGAGCGAUGAUGGGAUUCCGCGAGUGAUUGUGAGCAUUCUCUUCUUCACUGUAGGGACUCGGCUAAUGUUCUAG